AUGGAUCUCUCUGGCCCAGUGAAUAGUGCUUUCACCAACGCUUUGCCCAAGGUCGAGCUGCACGCCCAUCUCAGCGGGAGCAUUAGUCGCCAGUGCUUACACAAGAUAUGGAAGCGCAAGAAAGAAAGGGACUCUCAUUUUUCAAUUGAGGAUCCCCUCGUGCUCAUGCCUCCCGGCAAGGUUGACUACACUCUUCAAACUUUUUUCCAAGUCUUCUCCAAACUCAUAUACCAACUUUGUAACGACUUGGAAAGUCUCGCAUACGCCACCAAUAGCGUGCUCGAAGACUUUCACAAUGACGGAGUACGCUACCUAGAGCUCCGAACAAUCCCACGAGCAUCGCCGGAAUCCAACAUCACCCAAGGAGAAUACCUAGCCGCUGUCCUCGACACCAUCCAGAGAUUCAAGGCAAGAACACAAGAAAUGUCCAUUUUUCUCAUCCUCGCCCUAGACCGCGGCAACACCACCGCCGCCGAGGCAAUGCGCAUCAUCGACCUAGCAAUCGCCAACAAGCCGCGCGGGGUUGUAGGCGUCGACCUCUGCGGCAACCCGACGCAAGGCGAUGUCACAAUAUACCGUGACGCAUUUGCCCGCGCAAAAGCCCACGGCCUCGGGAUCACCCUGCACUUUGCCGAGACACCAGCCUCGGGCAAUCCGGCUGAGCUGGCCGCGCUGCUUUCCUUCCAGCCUGACCGGCUCGGGCAUGUCAUCCAUGUGCCUGACGAGGUCAAAAAGGAGAUUGUGCGACGGAAGCUCGGGCUGGAACUCUACUGA